AUAGGCGUGGCUUAUUCUAAAUAAAAAUGGCAUCAGCAGCAAAGUCAAAGACAGACAUUAAAGUUAUUAUUCUUGGAGACACUAACGUCGGGAAGACCUGCCUAAUACAACGAUACCUGACAGGGGAAUUCGCUGAAACAGUCACAAGUAUUGGUGCUUCAUUGGCUCUGAAGAAAUGGGGAGAAUGGAACAUUGCACUCUGGGAUACAGCUGGUGAAGAGAAGUAUGCUAGUUUAAGUUCAUUUUAUUGUCGUGGUGCUCAUGUGGCCAUUCUGGCCAUUGAUCUUACAAAGAAAUCGUCUUUAGAAAAACUAGAACAAGUAUUCAUUCCACUCCUUGAGGAACAAGCCCCCACCUGCUUUACUGUUGUUGUGGGAACCAAACUGGACCUUAUAAACAGCAAAGGAAGAGAGAUUGGUUCCUCUGAAGGAAAGUCCCUGGCAGUCCGUCAGCACCAGAGACAGCUGGAGAGAGCCCUGAGGUCAAACCCAAAUACGUUCCUUGUCAAAGUUCAAAGCCAUGAGUCUUACUUUGAAACCAGCUCAAAGACAGGGGCUGGGGUGACUGACCUCUUCCAGUACAUAGAGAGGAUUGUACUCAUACAGCUGCAGAAGUCAGGUGUUACGCCAGGUGGAGGGGAUAGUUCGGAGAAGAAUCGACGGGGAAGUAGCAGAGCUCGGCCUGAUUCUACAAUACGACUUGAUAAUCCUCCACCUGCUAGCACACAGCCAUCUCAAUCAGGCUGCUGCAAGAAUUGAUUAACACUUAUUAAUACUUAUUGUUAUUAUUAUUAUUAUUAUUGUUAUUAUUAAAACUAGCAUUAUACAUUGUUAAGUAUUUUUCAAGGUGUAUGUAAUGUAAGUGUAAUUUUAUGCAAUAAAAAUUGAAAUAUUUAUCCUUUCUCUCUAUUAUCAUGUUAAAGUCUUUAUAUUUCUUUUGAUUUAAAAC